GGGGCCGCCGCGCCGCGCCAGUCGACGGUUGCAAAUGGCGACAGCCACGAAGUCUCUGGCACGGGCUCGCGACUAGUUCCACGCCUACCGUGCGCCUCUGCGAAGCGAGCCGUGCGCGAACGCAGCCCCAGCGCGCCCCAGAUCGGUAGUCUUGAGAGCGGAACCAGAGCAAGAUGCCGGCCGUCAGAGGAGAUGGUAUGCGUGGAUUGGCGGUAUUCAUAUCGGACAUCAGGAAUUGCAAAAGUAAAGAGGCGGAAAUCAAGAGAAUUAACAAGGAAUUAGCAAACAUACGCAGCAAGUUCAAAGGAGACAAGACGCUCGAUGGAUAUCAGAAGAAGAAGUAUGUUUGCAAGCUGCUGUUCAUCUUCCUUCUCGGCCACGAUAUCGACUUCGGACAUAUGGAAGCUGUCAAUCUACUUUCGUCAAACAAGUAUUCGGAGAAACAAAUUGGAUAUCUUUUCAUAUCGGUCCUAGUGAACACUAAUAGCGAUCUGAUCAAGUUGAUCAUACAAAGUAUAAAGAAUGAUCUCGCCUCGCGCAAUCCGAUUCACGUUAAUCUGGCGCUGCAAUGCAUCGCCAAUAUCGGCAGUAAGGAAAUGGCGGAGGCGUUCGGCAACGAAAUCCCAAAGUUGCUUGUCUCAGGAGACACUAUGGACGUUGUGAAACAAAGCGCCGCGUUGUGUCUGCUACGGCUGUUGCGGACGGCCCCCGAUGUCGUACCUGGCGGUGAAUGGACGUCGCGCAUAGUUCAUCUGUUGAACGACCAACAUCUGGGCGUCGUGACGGCCGCGGCGUCGCUCAUAGACGCUCUCGUGAAGAGGAAUCCCGACGAGUACAAGGGCUGCGUCAGUCUUGCGGUUUCGAGAUUAAGUAGGAUUGUCACAUCGAGUUACACAGAUCUGCAGGAUUAUACGUAUUACUUCGUACCAGCUCCAUGGUUAUCCGUCAAGUUGCUACGUCUGCUGCAGAACUACACGCCACCAGCCGAAGAUCCGGGUGUGAGGGGCAGACUGAACGAGUGUCUAGAAACGAUAUUAAACAAAGCUCAAGAGCCACCAAAGUCAAAGAAGGUCCAGCACUCGAACGCAAAGAAUGCUGUACUCUUUGAAGCCAUUAGUUUAAUUAUUCACAACGACAGCGAGCCGAAUCUCCUUGUACGGGCGUGCAACCAGCUCGGUCAGUUCCUGUCGAACCGCGAGACCAAUUUGCGAUAUCUGGCACUCGAAUCCAUGUGCCAUCUGGCCACCUCGGAAUUCUCGCACGAAGCCGUGAAGAAGCACCAGGAAGUGGUCAUACUGUCGAUGAAGAUGGAGAAGGACGUUUCGGUGAGACAGCAAGCGGUAGACCUGUUGUACGCCAUGUGUGAUAAGAGUAACGCCGAGGAGAUCGUUCAGGAGAUGCUGAAUUAUCUCGAGACGGCUGAUUACUCGAUUAGAGAAGAAAUGGUCCUUAAGGUAGCGAUUCUAGCGGAAAAGUAUGCGACCGAUUACACUUGGUAUGUCGAUGUUAUCCUAAACCUGAUUAGGAUAGCGGGCGAUUACGUCUCCGAGGAAGUCUGGUACCGAGUUAUACAAAUCGUCAUCAAUCGUGAUGACGUCCAGGGCUACGCUGCGAAAACCGUUUUCGAGGCGCUGCAAGCACCCGCUUGUCACGAAAACAUGGUUAAAGUCGGCGGUUACAUACUCGGAGAGUUCGGUAAUCUCAUAGCUGGCGACCAACGGUCUUCCCCGGCUGUCCAGUUUCAACUACUACAUUCCAAAUAUCAUUUAUGCUCUCCUAUGACUCGAGCACUAUUGCUCUCGACGUAUAUAAAGUUUGUCAACCUGUUCCCUGAAAUACGAAGCCAGAUACAAGACGUCUUCAGGCAGCACAGUAAUCUACGUAGCGCGGACGCUGAACUGCAGCAGAGAGCAUCGGAAUACUUACAAUUGAGCAUUAUCGCUUCAACCGAUGUCUUGGCCACCGUGUUGGAAGAAAUGCCGGCGUUCCCCGAAAGGGAAUCCUCCAUUCUUGCAGUUUUGAAGAAGAAGAAACCGGGUCGCGUGCCGGAGAACGAAAUUAGGGAGAGCAAGAGUCCAGCGCCGAACACUAACCAUCACGCUGAGCCUCCCGCUGCUGCUGCAACCGCGACCGUUAACAAUUCUUCUGCCGAUCUGCUAGGAUUGUCGACUCCACCCUCCUCUCAACCGUCUAGCAAUACAGGCGUGCUGCUCGAUGUUCUGGGAGAUAUUUAUAACAUGCCAAAUAAACUCGGUGCUACCAACGGCACCCAAAAUACAUAUAAUCCUAAAAAGUUUGUUUGUAAGAACAACGGUGUCUUGUUCGAGAGCGACUUGAUACAAAUCGGUGUAAAGUCGGAGUUUAGACAAAAUCUUGGACGCGUAGGUCUUUUUUAUGGAAACAAGACGCAGCAUGCUUUGCACAGUUUUCAACCGCAACUGUCUUGGACGGACGAGAAUCAAUUGAAGUUAGCUGUACAAGUGAAACCUGUUGAUCCUAUCCUGGAAGCUGGCGCUCAGAUUCAACAGAUGAUCAAUGCGGAAUGUAUUGACGAUUACAACGAUGCGCCGAGCAUGAUUAUCUCCUUCAUUUACAACAAUGUGCCACAGAAGAUCACGAUGAAGUUACCAUUAACAAUUAAUAAGUUCUUCGAACCGACAGAGAUGAACGGGGAGUCAUUCUUUGCGAGAUGGAAAAAUCUCGGCGGGGCAAAUCAACAACGAUCGCAGAAGAUUUUCAAAGCGCAGCAACCGAUGGAUCUAACACAAGUACGCACGAAGCUGCAAGGAUUUGGAAUGCAGCUACUUGACGGCAUUGACCCGAAUCCCGAUAACUUUGUCUGCGCCGGUAUCGUUCACAUGAGAGCGCAGCAAGUGGGUUGCCUGUUGCGUCUCGAACCUAAUAAACAAGCUCAGAUGUUCCGCUUAACAGUACGUUCAAGUAAAGAAUCGAUGUCGGUAGAGAUCUGUGACCUGCUGGUGGACCAAUUUUAAACGGCCUAGCAGGCGUAAAUAUUAUCGAGAAAUUAGCAUUGCGUCGUGAGAGGACAUAUCAUUAUCGAACGAUGAUGUCAUCUCGCGUCGUUCAAAAGAAAAAAAAAAGAUACUGAUGGUUAUUUGUUAAGAAAUAUUUGCGUUGUACCCAAGCUUACACUCAUAACGCUCUUAUAUAUAUAUAUAUGAGAUCUGUAUCUCUUCGUGUAGGUAGUUUCGUGUCGCUGUAUAUCAUUUUACUCGGAGAGGCAUAAGUUUGAAUCAGGACUUAAAUCGAAAUCAAGAAUACAAGAAAGAACGAGGGACGUGUAUAUGAAAACUGGCUAUGAUAGACAGUAUUAUUUCAUAUAAUUGAGGAUACCGAGGUGUGGAUCUUGUUUUGAAUGCGUCUGCAUCUUACAUUACAAUCUACAAUUUAAGCGGAUGAUGCGAGAAUGCGAUAGGAGAAAGGGAACGACGGGAGUUAGAUCUUUUAGCAGUGGAUACGUACGUAUUGUGUAGAAAACACUCGAGCCGUAUUACGGAAACAAAGGAUAAGAUUCUUUUUUUUUUUUUACUGAGUUUUAUAAUACAAUUUCCCUCCGUAUCGUUACAAUUCAUAUAGUUUUUAAACUAUCGAUUAAUCAACUGAGCUUUGAUCGUUAAGAGAUUGGAACAUCUCUGUCUCUCUCUCUCUCUCUCUUUUUGCACAUCAUUUUGUUUUAUAUCUACGUUUUGUACCUAUGCGUCGUGAAUUUUGUUCAUUUUCAUUCAAUUGCUUACAUCGAUAUUUUGCCAUGAGAUUGCCGCGUGAGCGAGAGUAGAUUUGGGCACAAUGACAGUAAUUGUAUAAUAUGAGCUGUUUAUCUAUAGAUAUCCUUAUAUUUAACGGAGCUGCGAAUUAAUUAUUGUGUAUAAUUAAUAGCUUAUAUUUAAUUGUCUUCGUCCUGAUCAUCUGAUUUUGAACAAUGUCCUAGAUUUUUCUGUAUUGAUAUUGAGUGUAUAAAUCCAUGGCUGGUCAUUUCUCUAUGUUUGCAAGAUGACGUGGGAGGUAUAUCGUAUUAUUGAUUGAAAUCUAAAUGUUCGCGGGUUAACUAUUUGUAACGAAUACGUUUAUAGAAGUACGUUUUAUUACCUUCGGAGUUUUGCGUAAGAUGUAUAUUUUCAGUGGAGUGUACAACUCUGUACAGAUGUGUUACUAAUGUGUUGAAGAUGUGUUUUUGCGAAAUGCGUUUUAUAAUAAUAACAGCGGGAAGCGAGCAGCUCUAAAUAUGAUUUAAAUAUCGAUCUUUACAACGAUCGGUGACACGGUUACCGAUUUUGUAAAGUCUUACACAAUUGUACAUAUGAAAUUGAAAUCGCAAAUGGCUAUAAAUAUUUUCAGGAUAGAUUGCGCUAUUGAUAGCCAUACAAGCUCAAAUUUGUUUCUUAUUCUUCAAUUAUGCUUUAUUUUUCAGGGAAGUAAGAUGUAUAUUUUUCAUAUUCAUAUAGUGUAAAUCCAUAUCUAAUGUUCUCAUUAUAUUCCUUUUCCCUUAGAUUACACUUGUAUUAGCUGUGUAUUUUAAUUAUAGUGGAUACAGGUCGAGAGAACACGGCGCUAUCAGUUUUUUUACGACUUGAUUUAUUGCAUAAUGAGAUUUUAUUAUUAUUAUUACUUUUCCCCUUUUUUCUUAUAUUAUUUUAUGACACGAUAGGAUUUUGUUAGAUAUAUAAUUACAGUAAAAUCAUAAGUAAUGUUAAACGAAA